AUUAGCCAGGAGUAGACAGUUAGACGGUCUCUCCCGCGGACCGGUUGAAAUCCAACCAACCGGUAUAUCAACGAAUAAAUACAAUUUCGAAGAAUACGUACACCUAAAAUCGGUCCAGAGGUAAUUAGUCAACGAAGAAGUAUCGAAAAAGGAAGAAUCGUUCAAUUGAACUAAUUAUCAGACGAUGUGAAUAAUUGAGAAAAUCUACCAUAUUAAAAUCCGUGGAGAACGGUUGAAUAUUUGGUACCAGUCAAGACUGUAUCUUCGCAUCCAUCCGCAUGAUUUUAAUUAUCUUCGAAAAUUCUUGGAAGUUUCACUCAACACCAAGGAUCUGCAUUGGAAAACAGUUAUCAAAAAUUUGGAGCAAAGCGAGUUAUAUGACGCAGACUCUACAAGGAACGUAGCACACCACGAAGAAUACUUCAGUACCAUUGACAUAGCUCAGUCUGCCCUUAUUUAUUAAGGAAAUGGCUGACACGAAUAAUUCAUCGACGAUGGAGAAGAAACGUGGUGACACCACUGGAAACCAGGUAGUAUCUGACAAAGCAUUGGUCUGGAAGUCCAUGACAUUGCGCCAGAAAUGGUCUUACUUCACCAGUAAUAUCACCGUGGAGCCUAUGAUCGCCUGCUACGUGAUACCCUGUAUGCUAGCUUCUCUGGCCACGCAGAAUCUCAGCUUGGAAAAAGCGUGUAGAGUGAAUCUGGCUUAUCCUGACGAAGUCUGCACAGCAUUGGCUAGAAGGAACACGACUGGUUAUGAGAUGGAAGAAACUGCUGUUCAACAACUGGUUGCUGGCAUGCAGACAUGGAAAACAGCUUUGUCUAGCGGUUUACCUACCAUCUUGAUCCUCUUCAUGGGUGCCUGGAGCGAUCGUACAGGAUUGAGGAAGCCGUGUAUGCUUCUACCUAUCAUUGGUGAAUUUUUAAGCAGCGUUAGUAUGUUGUUGUGCACCUACUUCUUUCACGAGGUUCCUAUGGAAGCCACAGGUAUCUUCGAAGCACUUUGGCCAGCGUUAACGGGAGGCUGGUUCACCAUGUUCAUGGGUGUUUUCAGUUAUAUCGCGGAUAUCACGUCGGUAGAGUCCAGGACGCUUCGAAUUGGUGCUGCAAAUGUUUUCUUGUCGCUUGGUGUACCGAUCGGAAUGGCAUUGUCCGGAAUACUGUAUCUGAAAAUUGGAUUUUAUGGUGUAUUCGGUAUUUCGACCGUGUGUUACGUGUUGAGCUUCAUUUAUGGGUUAGUGGUGAUUAAGGAGCCACCUAAACCCCAUUUGUUGCAAAAGGCGGAAAAAACGGAGACGAAGAAGAUGACCGUGUGCGCAUCGAUCUUGGACUUCUUCGCGUUUAAGCAUAUUGAAGAGACCUUUCGUGUUGCUUUUAAACAGGGUAGAAAUAAUCGGCAGAAAAGGGUGUUGGUGCUUAUGGUCAUCGUUAUGGUUGUGAUUGGUCCACUUUACGGUGAAAUGGCAGUGAUGUAUCUUUACAUGAGAUACAGGUACCACUGGAACGAAGUUAUGUUCAGCAUGUUCACCACGUUCGCCAUGGUGACGAAUUUAAUCGGAACCGCGGUAUCUGUCGGUGUGUUCAGUCACAUUUUAAAAAUCGACGAUGCUAUAGUCGGGAUUAUGAGCUCCAUGAGCAAGAUUUUGGCUGGUUUCGUCUAUGCAUUUGCAAUCACGGACUGGAUGAUUUAUUUAGCGGCUAUCGUCGAGAUCGUGAAUGGUACAUCUUUCAUAGCGAUGCGAUCGAUAGCAUCUAAACUCGUAUCUACAAGUGAACUCGGCAAGGUGAAUUCGUUGCUUGGUGUCUGCGAAUCUCUGAUGCCUCUCAUCUAUGGGCCUAUGUACAGUUCCAUUUACGCUGCAACCAUGAAAACGUUUCCAGGGACGUUCUUCAUUGUCGGCGCCUGCAUGACCAUGCCAGCCGUCGUCGCGUUCUUCUGGUUAUACACGGAGCACAGGAAAGAUCGUCAAUUGCUGGAGCAAGAGAAGAAAGCGAAGAGCAAGGAAGGACCAGAAGAGAACGACUCGAAAACUAUGAAAUGGCAAGUCGUUGGCGAGAAAAAGCCAGAAGUUCCUACGAUGAACGGUGUCGCAAAUACAGCUUUCGAAUCUGACCAUUUAUAACACAGAACUUACUAUGGAAAAUAUCCCAUUGAAUAUACAUAUGUAUAUUUCGUACAUCGUUAAGAAAACAAAUUUUUCAGUUAUACUGAAAUAACUUCUACAUAUAACUAACUUACACCGAAAGAAAUUUUUCAUUUAACGUACAAAAUGCUAUUAAGGUAUGAGAAAAGAUCCGGAAUAUAACC